GUUCCGUGUCAAAUGAAAUAAAGAGGAUAGGGAAUUAAUCCUAGAAGUAUACCGAGCUUUAAUUUGCUAUCAGUGUUACCUAAAAAAAUUCAUUUAAUGCUCCUCACUAACUUCAGUCUUUAUCGUUGCAUUCAUUACCAUCGAAAUAUCAUCAUACGUGAGUGCUGUUUUUUCGACAAACCAGGCUUACAGGAGGUUGAGGGCGUAAAAUUGGCUACCAUUAUACAUACAUACACUAGCUUCUAUAUCAUUCAGCGGUGUUGAUUUCUGAUAUCGUCAAAUUGGGAGGAUCAACACAAUGCCCUUGAAAACUAAAGGGAUGGAAAGUAUACUGGAGCCUGUCAAGGUCCAGAUUCAUAAACUUAGAGACUUGCUCAAGUCGAUGGAAAACUCAGACUCCCUUAAGUUGGAACCAAUGAGGUUAAUGUUUUCAGAUGAAUUACAUACCUUGGGAAAAAAACUUGAUACUUUAUUGUCUAAAGAAGAUUACAACAGCUUUAAUGAAAUGAAGAGCAGAAUAACUGAACUUAUAGAACAGUUCUGUUCAACCAAAAAAAAAAUUGAUCUGACCACACAAGCCCUGGCAAUUGACGGCGAAAGCCUCAUUGAUGAUCUAUUGGGGAAAUUUACUAUUGCCUUAGAAGCUCUUGAAAAACUAGAAUGUCUUCCUCUUAAACAGAGUCUCAAAGAUUCUUGGGAUUAUGUCGAGGACAUGGGGUCUGUUCAACAGAUUGAAGACUUUCAAAACAUCAAAGAACUGGGUGAUUCAAUUGUAGAAGUAUUUGGACCCCUUCAAAUCUUUAGGAAAAGUCUUCUGUCGAAUUUGCUUUCGGAAAAGGUUGCCCUCUACUCCAGCCAACUUUGCGCUGCGCUGAACAUCCUUUUCCAACUUGUUCAAGAGCAACAUCAGCUUAAUGCUCCAAUUUACGGUUGCAAAAAUUAUGCAUGCAACAGGAUGAGCUGGUGCUUCAAAAUGCUUCUGGAAGUUAUCGACGCUCCUCACCCUUCUACUGAGGUGGAAAAUCUGGAAAGAGAAAAUCACUUCGUCUAUAGGAUGGAUAUAGCACUUGAUAUCCUAGCAGGCAUAUCAGGAAAAAGUUCUGAUGCCCAAAUCGAGGAUUGUACAGCCUUAUGGCUUGCGAUUGAAGAGGUGUUUGCACAUGCUAUGGCAAUAGCACAGGUUUGCCAUCCCUAUAAUUUUAACGCUAUCACUGGAAUCUCUCAAUCGAUAAUCACAGAGUACGAAAGCCUGAAAGUACAGUUGAAUUCUGAAAAGCCUGAUCCGAGUAUAAAUAACCUCCUCAUCAAUACUCUCAAUGACGCUUUAUAUAGACUAGAGCAAAAAGUCAACGUUUCUAUGCUUACUUUGGUUAUGGAGGUAUUCAGUGAUCCAAUUGGACCUCUGAAAAAACUUAUCAAAAUCUGCGGUAAUGCUCUAGCGGCACGGAAACGGGGUAGGAGUGAUUUGAGUAAUGCGAUAGAAGAGUUUGACCAAGUCACUGACAAAGCUAUGCAGAUUGGAAUGUUUGCUAUCGCCUGCUGCAAGGAUUUAAACAGAGUCGCAAAAAUCAGGAACUGCCUCGCAAGUCUGGAGUCACUAGAACCAGAACUGGUGCCUGCAAUUGAAGCUUUUUAUUUGCAUCCUGACAACAAAGAGAUGCGGGCAACUGUUAAACUUCUGACAGCUCAAUGGCAGCUGGAAAUGCAGAAACUUCACAAGCUCAUCAAUGUUAUCAUCGACUCUGGGGCUUACUGCCAGGUCAUCCUGGACGACAUGCAACAGCAAAUAUCAAAAAUGUCGGACUGCCUCGACAACAGAGAAGGUGUGACGCAAACACAAGUUAAUGGAGUCUUGCAAAGGGCCUUAUCGUUGUCUAACCAGAUAUCCGCAACUAUCAAUGACAUUGGAAGAGACAAUAUAGAGAGACCAACGACUGUGAUGAUCCAGGAGUUAAAGGCAGCUAUCUAUGAAGCUGGCAUAGCAUCUAAAUUGCUCACAAACAAUGCAACGGAACCCCAGCAGCUCCGAGUCAUCAAGAGAUGUGAGCUCAUAUUAAACGUCGUUAAAAGAGUACAGCCUGCUCUAGUUUCCCUUAUCAAUAGCUCCACCUCUGUACAUACAAGCUACGUAAAAGCCAGCAUAGGGCAAGGAGACACUCUACAUGAUCCUGGACUCACUUUUUCUGGCGAUACCUAUAAUAUGAGCAGAGAGGAGCAAACAUUUACUUACAUCAGAACUCCCUACACCGUAAACAGCAAGAAGCCAUCUCUUUCUAUCCAGCCAGCCAACAGUGUGCCACGACUACCAAUAAGCCAGUCGUGUUUAAUCCCGUAUAUAAAACGUGGUCGUUCCAUGCGCACUAACAGAUCUAUAAUGUAUAGAACACCUAACCGUUCAGACGAUUCUGUCAAUGAUGUUCAAAGUUUAGGAAUGAAAAAAAAUCCGUCUAUUAUAAGACAGCACCUAUUUAGUAGAGACACAUUUGUUGCCAAACAAGACAUUGAUAUGUAUUCAGAAAGCCUUGACUUGACAGUCUUCUACCUCUUUUUAGGAAUACUGGACAAAGUAACGUGCCAUUCGGACACACUUACCUCAAAAGUGUAUUCUAAUACUUCUACUUCGAAGGCUUGGAGUUUGCUUAAUGUCAGCUCUCCAGAUCUGACUCAAGCUUUGCCCAAUACUGAAGGUGUAUCGGAUAGACCUGGGAAUAGAAAUAAAUGCGAUUCUAUUAUGACAACAGAAAGGGUUGACCAGUGUUCUACAAUUGGAGGGGGAGAUGCUCCCUCUGCUAUUGACGUCUCAGAAAGAGCCGUUGACCUGCAGAGACUGGAUAAGAAGAUUUUGUUUAUGCAAAAACAGAUAUCAACGGAAUAAACGUUUCAAGGAUUAUAAGAAAUAUGACUAUUGGCGUUGUAUUUUGCAAUCAGCAAGAUUUAGUUUGAAAUGAAGAAUGAAAUCGUUUGCGAUUUGGAGAAUAAAGUAAGGUUUGUGUUACAAAAACUAUAUACUUCAGGACAUGCGAAACUAGCUCUGGUGCGAUCCAUCUAUUAGCUCAUGACUAUGACCAAAGAAUAAUAAACAAUAAUGACGUUGA